CCGCUAGCUGAAUUGGUUUCAUGCUAACCCCCCGGAAAAGCAGCAAACGCUGGAAGUGAAAGCAAUGAUUUCUCGACACCGUGACAACGUUUGAAGUUUUUGGAACUGUUGGACGUUCGGGCAUAAAGAGCGCGUUUCUUUGCUAUUGGAGCGUUGCACCCCUCCCCCCGGUCCAGGGCCCCUGACGGGCCCUUUCGUCGGAGGGCUUCCAGGGAACCCGGUCCUGACAGGACGGCGGACUGCGCCCUUGCAGCUCGCCCCGUUUAGAGCCCCGUUGGCACCGACUCACGUCAACAACUUUCUUGCUGUUGGCGGUCGAGCUCCAGCUUUGACAUCAAGCUCCAACACUCAUAAGCCACACCUGUCCCCAGCGCCGCCCUCUCCAACUGCUGUGGCCAUCAACCUCCUGAACGUCUUAAAGAUUGUGAACGCCAUGUCCCACCCCUUGUAUAACCCCUACACCUCUGGGAAACAGAACUCCUCCCAGGGCCAGUAUGGAGUACCCAGUGGACAGGGAAACCUUCGGAUGCCGUCGCCUCACAUGAGACCUGGAUCCAACUAUAGCUCUUCAGGAGCUUCUGUCAAUCUUGGAAGUUCUGUUGGGGCGAUACCAUCGCUCCUCAGCCUGCCAAGCUACAGACCCGAGAAGAGGGCCACACUGGAUGAAGACAUAGAAAGAUCUGUCAACAUGCACAUUAGCAAAGCCAGAGAGGGAGUGAAACAGCAGCAUCCAGGCCAGAGGCCAUGCUUUCCAGGCCCUUCAAGAAAUGAGUUGCCUUCCUCAGUAUCGGGAGGAACUUCCUAUCAGUCGCCUCCAUCUUUUCAAGGACAAAGACUCUCCAACAUUGGGAAUCCCAACAGCACCAUGGACUGGUUACCAACGUACAAUAAGGUCAACAAAGACAGUUCUCAAAUGUUUUCUUCUGCUUCCUCUGGCUUUGUGGUUAGUGGUGAUGGGAGGUAUAACUCCGCAAGUGAAGAAAGGCGAGACAUGCAGUCCAUUCCAGGUUUAGGAGAUUUUGACCAGGCCAUGAAAACCAAGCCCACACCACCCUCUGAGCCAAGUCACCCCAAGUACACUUCAGAAUCUGCUAUCAGCAUCCUUAUGAACUUCGGGCUAGAAAAGGAAGACUUGGAGCAUCUCAUCUCCUACCCGGAAAGUCAGAUCACCCCAGAAAACCUGCCGUUCAUCCUGAGAGAAAUUCGGAUCAAGAAGACCAAGAGCGCUUCAGCAGUGGUUCAGCCAGAACCCUACCAGAAACUGCACCCCACCGCAAGCAGGGGCACAGUGGACACAGGAGACUCCAGAGAGUCAGAGAUAAACCUGGAUUCUGUGUCAGCGUCAAUUCUCAAACCAAGCAAAGUGAUUGACUAUGGACAUACCGGCAAAUACAAUGCAGGGGUUGAAGUGGGAAAGAUUGGUGAAAGUAGCUCCACCUCUAACGUCAAACCCGGAAUAUUACGCAUGGACACAGUUAGUGGUGGAAGCCACAGUCAAGACCUACAGCAAAGAACUCUGACCGAGGUGAAAGUGAGCACCAGUUCUGGGGCUUCUUGUCGUGAACAGGUCAGUUCCUCCUCCAUUGGUUCACUGAGGAGUUCUCUGGCCCCUUCGAGUACCACUUCAACUCCGAUAACCCCGACCCAAGCAAGCCAAUACUUGUUUAACAUGUUUAAUUUCCCAAAAAAAGACACAGACAUGAGGCAGCUUAAUCCUGACACCUCAAAGUCUCUUCCUCCGAAACUGCCCAAGCCGUCGCGACCGUCGACUGCAACCCCCAACCCACCCAAGAUUCUGACCAGAGGGGUACAUCCACAGCGCCCCGGCCUCGUGGUGUUCGACAGCAAGCACAAAAUCCCCAAAGCUGUGGAGAGUGAAAAACAGCCAACACCAAUCUGCCCGCCACCCAAUACUCCGCCAAACGCCCUGCAGCCCAAACAGCAGCAGAUAAACCAAAUGCAGCAACCGGAACCGAUCCCGCCGCAGCGCCGGACUUUCUCCGCGCUGAAGACAUUACCGCCACAGCCGGUCAAAUCUGGAGGUGUCCCUGCUACCGCUGCUGCUGCUCCUCCGGUGACACAUCAGCAGAUCCCAACCCUCGUCAAAGGGGUGCCUCAGAAGACCACCGCCAGCCUGCCGCCGACCCAGACGGAGGUGUCCAAGAGUUUACCCACAGAAGCCAUGAUCCGGGACUACGCCGCCGCCACACCCAAAGUAUUUCCUCAUACCUGUACUCUUUGUAAGAAAGAAAGUGCACACUUGAAGGACUGGAUCUCCCACCACAAUACCAUCCUUCACCUUGAGAACUGCAAACUUUUUCAAAAACGGUUUCCCAAGUGGAAGGAUCCGGUGUUUCUGCCUCCCAGUGCUGCGAGUAAAGAUCCCAAGCCGUCUCCUUCAACCCCCGCCCAGACCUCCAAGAGCCAGUCUAAGGAAAACAAGUGGAGCAGCAGCUCGCCAUCGCGCAGCCCACACCGUCAACGUGGACCGGAUGACCGGAGAGACCGGUCUCGCUCCCGCAGUCCGCGGCGCCGCUACAGCUCCGACAACCGUGACAAACACAGCAGCCGUUCCAACUCCAGGAGUCCACAUCGCAGUUCUGAUAGCCGGAGGGAGAAGCGCACUAGAUCCCGCUCGGCGGGUCCAAAUCGCCGUUCUGAUAGCCGGAGGGAGAAGCGCACUAGAUCCCGCUCGGCGAGUCCACAUCGCCGCUCCGAGAGCCGGAGGGAGAGGCGCAGCAGAUCCCGCUCGGCGAGUCCACAUCGCCGCACUGAUAGCCGGAGAGAGAAGCGCAGUAGAUCCCGCUCGGCAAGUCCUCAUCGGCGUUCUGAGAGCCGGAGGGAGAAGCGCAGUAGAUCCCGCUCAACGAGUCCUCAUCGGCGCUCUGAGAGCCGGAGGGAGAAGCGCAGCAGAUCCCGCUCGACGAGUCCUCAUCGCCACUCUGAGAGCCGGAAGGAGAAGCACAGCAGAUCCCGCUCGCCACGUUCCAAACAAAACCGCCGGUCUCGGACUCGCUCUCGCUCAAACUCCCCGAGGCACAGCCGCAACACCUCUUCCCGUUACCGGUCUCGCUCGAGAAGUCGCGAGAGACGCUCUUCACCGAGGAGGAGAGAUGAGAAAAGGUCACCAAGGCGGAGCCGCGAGAGGCGGCCGUCCACAGAGAGGUCGAGCAGCACCGAGAGGCUGGCCAAGAAACUUCUGGAGAAAACAGGUGUCCAGUCUCUGUCUAAACACUCUGACCUGGAAGCCAUGGUCAAAACCCUGGCUCCGGCCCUGUUAGCUGAAUUGGCUAAAAUGAAGUCGUUAGCUUCAUCCUCUUCGGCUCCGUCCUCUUCGGCUCCGUCAUCUACGGCUCCGUCUUCUUCUUCUUCUUCUUCAGCAAAAAAGGAGAAAAGUGAGAGCAGCUCUUCUGGGAAGCCUGAGGAUAACUCCUCUCCUCCCACCAAGGUGAUCCUGUUCGGGAUCGAAAAGUUCAUGUCACACAGCGACGUGAUCUCUGCCGUAAACAAAAUUGGAAAAACCAAAUCGGUGGUCAUUAUCAGAUCUAAAUCAAAGGCAGUGGUGCGUUUUGAGAAAGAAGAGGUUGCACAGAUGGUGAACACGUACAAAACUCUUGACAUUAAAGGAACCAAAGUCUUUAUUUACACUAAAAGGAAAAGGCUUACCAAGCAGGCGAAAGCACCGAAUCCUCCUAACAAAUCUGCAACCAGUGAUGGUACAGCCACAACCACCAAAUCAGCUGGAAAAGGAAAAGAGUCGGCUGCUGCAUCUGAAAGCAAAAAACCCACAACCGCAAAGCCUGCAGCCAAAGCUACAGCAAUGGUUUCUAAAGCUACUGCUGCCUCCACCAGUAAGGCUGUGAAAACUGUUAAGACAGAAAAUCCAGAUAAAAAGGAACCUGUGAAGACGGCCAAAGCCAACAAAGAUGCUCCACAGCCGCCAGGACCACAAAAGACCAAGGUCCAAGCUAAGACACCAGCUGGUAACGCAAAAAAACCAGUUGUGCAGAACAAGACUGGAAAACCAUUAGCCAAGACCCCGGCCAAGGCAACUGCAAGUAAAACUGCUGAUGCAAAGGUCUCUGCCAAAACUCCACAGAAGCCUAAAACUGCAUCUGAGAGCACUGCUGGAGCAAAGAAGACAAAUGAAGAAAAGCAGAAAGCUGAGAGUACACAACCUGAAACUGCAGGAAGUCCUUCAGGUGGUGCUAAGACCGUCAAGACCGAGACUGUGGAGAAUCCAACAGCAAAACCAGCUACAGGUUCUGACAAGAAAGAAGCUGCAAAGCUUCACAAAGUCGCUGCUAAUCCUGUGGAGCUUCGUGAAGUGAAACAAGAAGAAGCCAUGGAGGUCGAAGUGUCUCCUGGUGUCAAAGAGGUUCAAGACUUUCCAUCCCAAUGCACAGAUAAAUCCACACCAGAAGAACCUCCGAAAGCAGACGCCUCCUUGCCCCAAGAACCAGAGAAAGCUUGCACAGAGGCCAGUCAAAGUCCAGAUCCACCUAAAGAAUCACUUCCACAAGGACCGGAAACCGAAGCUGCAGAGAGUUCUGCAGAAGUUAAAGUGGAACCACAGCAGGUUGUCAGUGAAGAAGAUGGUCCGCUUGAAGAAAAGACUCAGAAUAAUGAAUCAAAAGCUGACGGCGACGCUUCAGCUGUGUCGGCUGAAACUGCUAAAGCGACACCUGAAACCGCAGGAGGAUGUCAAGAGACCAAAGCAGAUCCUGCAGCUGAUGGCACUCAUGGGAAAAACACAUCAAAGUUGACAACCAGCAAAAAUGUGAAGACAGAUAAAAAAGAGGAUUCACCCACAGCGUCCACAAGUUCACAGAUGUUUGAAGACAAGAUCCCUCGGAUCGAUGAGAACUUGUACCGCGCCUUCACCGCAGCACUGCGUGAACACAAACUCAAAAAGAAUAAACCCUCUGAAAAUACGGAAGAAAUAAAGCAAGAAAAGGUUGACGAUAAAGAGGACGCACUUUCGUCUUCUACUUUUGAUGAGCAGAACUUCAACCUCGAGGAUUUUGUCACCCUGGAUGAGAUUUCAGAAGAUGUGGACGACACCGAUAAAACAGGAAAGCAGAGCAAAGAUGAGCCGUCUGCAGCUAAAAAGAGUUCCCCCUCCAAGAAUUCCCCCUCCAAGUCAACUAAAAAUCAGAAAGACUCCUCUGAGCCCUCCAAACCUUCCACCCCUUCUAAAGCCAGUAAAACAUCAUCCUCCUCUUCCUCACAGUCUGAUUCUCAGCCAAGUAAGACGGCCUCGACCAAACCAACACCCUCUCCUUCGGGUCGGACUACACGGUCAUCAACAGCCGCCAGAAAGGCAGAAGAAACGUCCCAAAAGCAAAAAGCUGAAACUAGAGCUGCAAAGAUCGCAGUGGCGAAGUCUGACCACAGCGUGGCAGCAGAGAGCUCUGCAGUAAAAACUGUCGAGUCAGAGGCAAAAAUAGAACCUCCAUCAGAGGUGGAUUCCAAACCCCAGAUGCAGAGUCCGAAAACAAAAGAGGAUGAUGGUGAAAAGAGGGAGAAUCUUGAUGUCCAGAAAGAUGCCAGCCAUCCGAGCAGCAACGAAGCUCCGACACCUGAAGACCUUCAAGCCCCAGAAAUGAUUACAGAGGAAAACAAGACUGAAAUCCAAACACAAGACAGUUUUACUGAAAACCAAACAUCUGCAGGCGAUGAUGGGGACAAUCGUCCAGAACAAACGCUGCUUCCCGAAGGAGACGCAACUCAAUCUGAUAAACCAACAGCUGGAAAUGAAAUGGAUCCAGACAACAAGAAGGAAACCAACCAAACUCCAAGUAGCGUAGAGAGUGAAGGGAACAUCAAAGCGACGGACACCAGAACAGAAGAGGUCUCAGAAACUUCAGAGCAAACUUCUGCUGAUAACGAGCAGCCUGUUAAUCCAGAUCUCGACAAAGAACUCGAAACUCUCAGUCAACAACAAGCGAAAGCAGAGGAUGAAGCCACAGAAGAGGAGGAUGAGGAGUACCAUGUGAUCGACGCCAUCGAUGAUCAGCCAACAACUACAGAGUCAGAGACGGACAUUAAUGAAGAACAAAGGAAGGAGGUCGGUGCCGGUGGAGAUGGAGCAACAAGAAUGAGCGGCCAAAAGAGCAAAGCAUCAUCCGAUGAGAAGGAAGAGUCGCCAAAGAAACGGGACAGAAAAGCUAUAAAAACUGCAACACAAAUGAAGAAACCUGUAAGGCAAGACGAGAAGACGGAGGAGGACACCGAGGAUGACCCGGAGGACAUGAUCUUUGAGGUGUUGGACUCUGUGGAAGAUGAAUCUGUUCUAGGAAUGCAGGAGCAGAAAACGUCAAGCGUGAAAGGAGAGGAAGAGGAUCCUGAGAAGGAACGCAGCAUCUCUACAAGAUCUACCAGAGGACGAAGAGCGACGAACCAGGACGAGGUAAAGAAAGACGACCUCUCCUCCAGGAGGAGUACGCCCACCAGACAGUCACUGAGACAAAAAGAAAAACUUCCCAAGACCGAAGACGAAGCUCCUCCAAAAGAAAGCACGUCCACAGAAAAGAGCGCCGAUGUGAUAAAAGACACGAGCGAGGAGGAUCCAGCUUCCGAAGAUCAACCACCGGUACAAGCAAAACCAAGACGAGGAAGACCCAAGAAAAACACCAAGAAAGGUAAGAAACAAGUGGCCGCUCCAAAGAAAGCCGAGUCCCCCGUUAAAGAGGUAGAAGAGGACGAAGAUGAAUUUCAGAUCAUCGACUCCGUUGAGGGGGAAGCGGCCGACGCUCCGGCCUCGAUGGACCAAACUGAAAGUACAGGAGCAUCAAGUUCUAAAGAUGAGGAGACAAAAUCUGAGACAACUACGGGUUUGCUUUUGAAUGAGGAAGAGGAGCCUUUAUAUCAGAUUCUAGAUUCCGUGGAAGAUGAUGCACCUCAAGAGGAGCCGACCCCCAUGGAAUUGUCCAAUGUGAAAGUCGAGGAAGACGCAAAAGAGAAGAGCCCGAUCGAAACCGAAGACGACACGGCCUCUGAGGACCAGAAGAAGGUCCAGCUCCCGUCAGCUGACGGUGGUGACGGUUCUUCUACAGAAGAUACGACGCUGAAGACCGAGGAAGAACCUCUAAGAUCAUCACAGAGCGCUGACGCAGCAUCAACCGAAAACGACACGACCACGUCAAAAAACGCCCUCAAAAACCUCGACGAAGUGAGCGAGGAGGAAGAAGAUUACCCUGACGACACGGCCGAGGAAGAGGAGCUGAACAAAAGACUGGCUGCAGCGAAGGAGCGAGAGAGGGAACGGGAGGAGAAGAGGGCGCAAUACCGAGAACGGGAACGAAAGAGUCGGAGCCGCAGCAGAGGGAGGAGCCACAGGAGUCCGGAGAAAGAGAAGGUGGAUCUAGAAACUCAGGAGAUGGUGACUCUGGAUGAGGUGGGGGCCGAUGACGCCGGCGAGCCAGAUUUUGAAGGGUUGGACAGUGCGGUUAUGGAGGGAGAGCUGCAGGACCUCGUCACUCUGGAUGAGAUCAUUGAGGAAGAGGAGGAAGAGGGAAAAGAGAGCCGAACAGAUGAGCCACUAAUCCAGGAGGGCCAAUCAGAAGACCCUCUAAAGCCAGAGACUACAGCAGAAGAAUCUACCACCACUGAUGACCAGAAACCAGUGGAAGAAGCAGCAGAGGAAUCACCAACAGCUGCUAAAAGAAAACACGAUGAAGAUGCAGAAGGGAGCUCAAACCUCAGCGUUGUCGAUGAUCUGGUGAAGGCUGAAGAUGUAGAAAAGAUGGUGACAACACCCAAACCGAGAGGCCGACCCAAGAAGAAAGGCAGACAAACCGCAGUGAGAAAAUCGACCAGAGGAAAGGAGUCGAGCACCGAGGACGAGAAGAAAGACGAGGAACUGGAGUCACUCGAUUCCUCCUCAACAGUGGAUAAAGAGACUUCUGAAUCAUUAGGUGACGACAAAACAGAGAUCCAGAAGCCUGAGGAGGUCAUGAGUCUGCCCGACGUCGAAACAACCUCUACAGUGGAGCAGCUACAACCCGAGAUAACUGAUAAAGGGAUGCAGGAAGGAUUAGUGAUGGAGAAUAAAAAGGAUGAACACGUGAUUGAGCCUAAAGGUAAUAAGCGCCAGCAGGAGCUCAUUGGACCAGAAUCGAAGCGAGCUCGUUCCGAGUCUCCUACAGUCUCAAAUAAAUUUCUUCUGCCCCCAUACAACCCCAAAAGCCCCAUCGGUCAAGAACACGUGGUUCCAAAAUCAGGAUUUUUCUGUAAUAUCUGCUCUAUUUUUUACCUGACUGAGAAAGCAGCAAAAGAAGUCCACUGCAGCAGCCAGAGGCACUAUGAAAACCUGCAGAAUCAUUACAAGAAACUCCAGUGGAAAUCUUCCAGAACACAAAGUUCUCAUGGCUCUCUGUCCGACUGACUUGAACCGGAAACUUCUUUAAAAAAACAUGAAAAGUGGACGAAAAGACGCAUCUUUGUCUAAUGAGCCAGUUUUAGUUAACAUAAAAUCCACUUCUGUAUCAGAUUACAUUUAUGCACAUUUUCCAUUUAUGACAGUAAAUGUUUGCACAUAUGUUAUCAAUAACUCUCCCACUUAUAGCAUAUUUUUUUUUAAAGCAAACUGUUGAAAAGAAUGUUUGUUCAAGUAGAAUUAAAAUCCUGAUCUGAAUCAUCGCAUCACCAGAAAAUGUUUAGUUUUUUUAUUUACUCAAUGAUGCACAUGGCAAAUGUUAAUACAGAUUCAGAAAAAGUUAGUGUUCGAUCAUUCUCUUUAUUUGUUGUUGUUUUGUUUGAUAUUUCUUCUAUUUGUUUUCAUUAAUACGCCACUUUAAUAUAAACACUUAAAUUUCUGGGACAAAGUAAAAUGAUUUCUUACUUCUGAGAGUUCUUUAUUGCUUUGGAGCUCCUAUUCUUCUGUUCUGGGUCGGAGAAUCAUUAAA